ACCAACGCGCGGAAGGGCGGACGAUAGCAGCACCCACUGCUGUUAUUAGCCUUCACAUCUCAAUGUACUGUUGUCAAAGAAAGCACUGAUCAUGCCCACUGCUUUUGCAGGGCAAAGAUAUUGAUCAGUGUUAGAAUACUACAUUUUUUCUUAUGAGAUUCUUUUUCAUAGAUUUUUAUUUGUAGGUAGAUAUUUUUCCACCAUGGUGCUAGGAAAGGUAAAGAGCUUCACCGUAACCUACGACUGUCUCAAUGACAGCAAUGUCCCCGUUUUCGCAAGCGGGGACUCCGUCUCAGGUAGGGUUAUCAUCGAAGUCACCGGAGAAAUCCGUGUGAAAUCUCUUAAAAUUCAAGCAAAGGGAUUUGCAAAAGUUCGUUGGACUGAAUCCCGAAAUGCUGGAUCUAACACUGCCUAUACGCAAAAUUACACAGAAGAAGUGGAAUAUCUAAACCAUAGAGACAUCCUAAUUGGACAUGAAAGAGAUGAGGACAACUCAGAAGAAGGACUCACCGCUAUCCAUUCAGGACGACACGAGUAUGCAUUCAGCCUUGAGCUUCCACAGACACCUCUGGCUACCUCGUUGGAAGGGAAGCACGGCAGCGUGCGUUACUGGGUGAAGGCCGAGCUACACAGGCCAUGGUUUCUGCCCAUGAAGACCAAGAAAGAAUUCACCGUGUUUGAACACAUCGACAUAAACACUCCUUUACUCCUGUCACCCCAGGCAGGUACGAAAGACAAGACUUUAUGCUGCUGGUUCUGCACCUCAGGUCCAAUCUCCUUAAGUGCCAAAAUCGAAAGGAAGGGAUAUACCCCAGGAGAGUCGAUUCAGAUCUUUGCCGAGAUCGAGAAUUGUUCCUCUCGCAUGGUCGUGCCAAAGGCAGCCAUUUACCAAACACAGACCUUCAAAGCCAAAGGUAAACUGAAGGAGGUCAAACAGCUGGUGGCCAACCUCCGAGGGGAGUCGCUGUCCUCAGGCAAGACGGAGACGUGGAGUGGCAAAAUGCUGAAGAUCCCCCCUGUCUCUCCCUCCAUCUUGAACUGCAGCAUCAUCCGAGUGGAGUAUUCUCUCAUGGUGUACGUGGACAUCCCCGGAGCCAUGAACCUGUCUCUGAACCUGCCACUGAUCAUCGGCACCAUCCCGCUGCACCCCGUCGGCAGCCGCACCUCCAGUGUCAGCAGCCAGUGCAGCAUGACCAUGAGCUGGCUAGGCAUGGCCCUGCCAGAGCGUCCUGAAGCCCCACCAAGCUAUGCCGAGAUCAUGACAGAGGAGCAGAGACGGAGCCUGGAGGUGACCUCAGCCAGGGAUGAGUUGGAGGGAUCACUCUUUGCCUACAUCCAGGAGUUCCGCUUCCAGCCCCCUCCUCUCUACUCUGAGGUUGAUCCCAAUCCUGAUCAAGCCAGCCGGACAGAGGAGAGGAGGUCUGACACCUGUCCAUCACGCUGAAGGAAGCUCAGAGCCCCGCCCGGAGAUGUUUCGGGCGUUUCUAGUCAGCUCUGUUUUUGUUUUUUCCCCCCCAGCGACAGCGUUCGCACGCCACCGUUGAUGUUGAGAGAAAACAAAACAAAGAAACAAACAUGGACGAUACCACGGUUGAACGAAGCCCCUCCCACAGAGAGAGGCACAGGAAGUCAAUACGGGAACACUUCCUGGCAGCCUGCCUGGCCGGGGCACGGCUAGACAAACACACACCUGACCUGUGAAAAAGAAACCCCUGUAGUGGAGACAGCCUUGGUGGAGUGAUGAUGCCGUGCCAGGUCCCUGUCUGCCUAUAGCUCUUAAUAUCCUGCUUUCUUCUGUAACCACAGCAUACAGACAUGGCUCUCACACAGAGCAGAACUGUCAUGACGAGAUCUGAGCAGAAGAAGAAACAGGAAGAAGAGAAAACAAUAUAAGCACCACUGUCUGAAGAGCUCAGCAGCAGAGAGACUACCUUCUUCCUGUCUGAAGAGCUCAGCAGCAGAGAGACUACCUUCUUCCUGUCUGAAGAGCUCAGCAGCAGAGAGACUACCUUCUUCCUGUCUGAAGAGCUCAGCAGCAGAGAGACUACCUUCUUCCUGUCUGAAGAGCUCAGCAGCAGAGAGACUACCUUCUUCCUGUCUGAAGAGCUCAGCAGCAGAGAGACUACCUUCUUCCUGUCUGAAGAGCUCAGCAGCAGAGAGACUACCUUCUUCCUGUCUGAAGAGCUCAGCAGCAGAGAGACUACCCUCCUCCUGUCUGAAGAGCUGAGCAGCAGAGAGACUACCCUCCUCCUGUCUGAAGAGCUGAGCAGCAGAGAAACUACCCUCCUCCUGUCUGAAGAGCUGAGCAGCAGAGAGACUACCUUCCUCCUGUCUGAAGAGCUGAGCAGCAGAGAGACUACCCUCCUCCUGUCUGAAGAGCUCAGCAGCAGAGAGACUACCCUCCUCCUGUCUGAAGAGCUCAGCAGCAGAGAGACUACCCUCCUCCUGUCUGAAGAGCUGAGCAGCAGAGAGACUACCCUCCUCCUGUCUGAAGAGCUGAGCAGCAGAGAGACUACCCUCCUCCUGUCUGAAGAGCUGAGCAGCAGAGAGACUACCCUCCUGUCUCAUGAGGGAUUUUUGCACAUGUUAUUCUUGGCUUAAGUUGUGUAGUUCCAUUUUGAAGGAAAAAAAAGAAUCCCAAUUUUUUUUUCAGCCUAGUAACAUGCUGGACAAAAGAGACUGCAGGCUUAAUGCCUAGACUCCUUAUCUGCACAACUUCGAACAACGCAGAGAACAUAGAUACUUGGGGGAACGCAAGACUGAAAAGGACAGAAACAAUGCACUGACCUUGUUUAAUCUGUUUUAAGAUGUUCUUUUUCUUGGUCUCAUUUCCUUAAUGACGUGUAGACAGGACUUGAAAGCAGCAGCACACUCUCCAUUCAAAAGCUAUUUUUUAAUGUCUCCUCAGUUGGCUUCCUUUUUACUUUACUAGAUUAUGUCUUCUGAUUUAGUUCCAAACUUAGAAUGCCUUCGAUCCAAUCAUAUGUUGCUUUGUGUUUAUGUUGCACUGUGUUCUGGAGUAGAAGAGCGUCAGGCCAGCACUUGCCACUCAAGUAGAGCAUUAGAUGCAGAGACUUGUGAGUGUGUAUGCGUGCGUGUGGGACAUAUUAGAAUGCCCAUCCUCAGUGUCCCCGUCCCUCUACUCACAGCACAGAGCGACGCAGGCUUACAUACGGGCAAAGAAACACUGUAAUGGGUGGUCUUCUCACUUGGCAAAAAAAACAAAAAACAAGAUGUUUUAAUUGCACUGUUUGAAAUAGUAAAAGGAUGAUUUCUCAUAUUUUAAAAUAGUAUAUUACCAAAACAAGAGAGAAGAGAAAUACACGGAGCAGCAAGGUAGCUUCCGAAGGCCAACAACAUUCCCUUUUUGUCCAUGCUACACUUGCCGACUUCAUUCACCAACUACUUCAUUUUCCAGACCAGUGAAGACUGAAAUGCUAGAAUUAUAUAUGUAAAAAAAGUAAGAGUACAUGGUAUGAUCUGCUUCUAAAAAUGGGGCAGAUGCAAACCCAGUCUGGCAAACUGCUGGGGAAUAAUGGAGGCUGGUGGGAGGAGCUAUAGGAGGAUGGGCUCAUUGUAAUGGCUGGAAUGGAAUUAAUGGAAGGGUAUCAAACAUAUGGAAACCACAUGUUUGACCCCGUUCCUUUUAUUCCAUUCCAGCCAUUAUAAUAAGCCCCUCCUAUAGUUCCUCCCACCAGCCUCCACUAUAUUAGAUGUUGCUAAAGCUCCACUCAAACUGGCCAGAACAAAUAGUGGUAGGUUGACAUGAGUAAUACAUUGGUUUUCAAACUCAUUCAACACCUAGACCAGCUAGAGUGGAGUUCUGGCAUCGUCUUAAAGAGGCACUUUUUGAUCAUAAAAAAAAACGAACUAGCAUUGAUGGUGGGAGGUCUGUAAAAAGUCUGGUAACCACAUAAUACUUUCUGAUGAGAAAUGUAGUCAAGCAGUGUUGUGAUGGACAUGAAUGCAUUAUUUAAUCUUCUAAGAUUAGAGACUUUUUAAAAAAGUUUACAGUUUUGAAUUAGUUGGCACAAGUUUGUAUGUUAUGUUUUUGUGCUCUGUUAAGAUCCAGCUAGCAAAUAUAAGGAUACUGCUUACAGUAAUAGACAACAAACUAGGAAUUAAAGUGAUCUUAUCUUAGUGGCCUUGACACAGAACUGACCUAAUUAUGAUGCUCCAUUAUCGAGUGUCUAAACAAUUUACAACCUUACUCUUUUUCUCUCCUCUGUGUCUGUAUGUAUUAGUCACUUUAAGUUUGUCAAAGGGACAAAAAGGGAAGAAAAAAAUUGUCCUUAAAAGAAAGUGUAAAAGAAAAAAAAUGACGAUCCCUAGACUAGCCUUUUUGAUUGUGCAUUUGUCUGAAUGUCUUUACUGAUGGCUAGAUAAUGUACUAGGGUAUUGAUGGUUUGCUUUCCAGUCAGACAACCCCAUUUAGUUAAGUUCUACUCACCUCUCAGCUUCAUGGAACAGCUGUGGAUCAGCAACCUUCCGUACCCCACUGAGAAUGAAUUAGCUAGCAAGUGGAAUAGAUCGAUAUUCUAAGAUAAAAUCCCUCUCAUUUAUUAUUUACAUUUUUUUUUGCUUUGAUUUUAUCUUAGGGAAUCUGUAUCAAGUUAAAAGAAAAAUGAAUAAGCUUAAAUCUGUUUCAGGUUGGUCGAUUCUAUAGUCCGUUGUUUGGUGUAGUCAGUGUAGUCCAGUGUUAAAAGCUAAAUUCCUGACUUAUUGAAGUGAGGAAUCAAAAUGCUAAAAAUGGGAGAGUGGAUCUAAAAUGUUUUAGAAACAAAGUGCAAUAUUACUCAUUUGAAUGUGUUUUAUUCUCUAUUUGUAAAUCUAGUUUCUCCUUUGUCUUUAUAGUUUGUUGGGCAUGAUCGUCUAUAGAUAUUGUAUGAAUAUCCUGAAUGAUUUUGUAACCAUUUUGUCUAGUUAUUCUUUUGAGUUUAAUAAACUUUUGUAAAAAAU